AUGCAGUUAUUAGUUGAACAUGAACAAUUUGCUAAAAUGUUUAUUAAUGAAUAUACUGAAAUUUCGUACGUGAAUAUUUUUAUGGUUCAACAUCCAUCUCAUACACUUUUACAACAAAAUGGUUUUACUCAACAAGUUUAUCUUAAAUAUAAACAAGAAUGUCUUGAUGAACGCGUUAAACUUGGUCCUGAUCAAUCAAUGGAAAUGGAUACACUCUAUCGUUUUUAG